AUGAGGACGAGAGCUGCCGGUACAAAGGCGCCUACGCCUGCCAAUGGCGAGACUACUGUCAAGGCAGCUGUCGUCGAACCACCGAAGCUGUACAAAACGCUCAUUCUACCGUCUCAUGCCUCGGACGACGCGCGAUUCAUCCAGCUUCAGAAUCCUCGAACCGGCAAGCCGACGAGGUAUUACUUCUGUCCUAAGCUGGGACUGUUUGAGUUUACUUCAAUUUCACCGCCGUCCUCGACAUCGCGGAGUUUACUGUUCGUCAGUUCAACCGAUGGAGGAGAUCAGGAACGGGUCGAAGAAGCAGGGGAACAGAAGGGCUUUACUUCAAAGACAGGCCAGCUGCAUGUUGCCACCCCUAUAGACAUUAUAUUUUUUAUCCUGCCGAUUAUUGUCCCUUCAAACCGCAACUCGGGACGUGCCCUCUUCCAACCGCUCGAUGAUAUAAUAGACGCCAACGAAGACAUCUCGCCCCAUCUUCGGAAAGUCUUAUAUACGGCAGAAUUCAGGCCAAUAAUCGAAAGGAGGAUGGCUUCCGUGUGCGAGACGAUCGACGGUGACGGGACGAUGUUCAGAUAUAGUGAAAGCAAGCUCGUGGGAGAGUUAUUUGUAAAGGUUGAAAGGAUGGUAAAGAAUGGACUACCACCUAGCCUUGAAGCGCGAUUCGUGUACCAGGCACUAGAACCUCCCAUGCUCAAUGUGAGCAAAGUGGCACCCGCAGUAUCGAAGGAUGAGACGAACGGCAACGAACAGGACACCCAGCCUUCGCAGAGCACAAACGACUCCCAAACGCCCUCUGAGACAACUGCUACUGCAUCCUCAUUUUCUGCCACACAAACCUCAGCUUCCACCCCUAUCACCGAAUUAGCAGACACCCAAGAAGAUAUGUCUCAGCCAAAACACAGUUACAGCCCUGAAAUAUCUCGCCUCAUGCGCAUUCGAACGGCGCUAUCGUUCAUACAAUCAUCAUACCUCCAACCCAGCCUAUCGACCAAGGUUACUGAAAUAUUAAGCUCUUCAUCGUCCCCCAUGGACUUUAAGCCUCUGGAUGACUACUUGCAAGAGAUUGCCAAAUUUCGAGCAGAAGCCCAUGCGUCGCGAUCAAUGCAUGACAUGUCUCGAAGGAAACGAGGGUAUGAUGAUGACGAAACUGCUGAAGAGAAGGCAGAGAAGAAGAGAAAGGCCCAGGACGAAGAGAAGAAGAAGAAGGCGAGUGUAUCUCGAGGAGUGCGGGAUUUGAAGAAAGUUAAUACAUCGGGGAUGCAAAAGUUGUCGUCUUUCUUUGGGAAAGCGCCGGCUAAGAAAUGA